UCCCAUGCGGAUCAGCGCACCGUGGAGAGUAUCUCACUCUGACCGACUGGAUGAGUUUCGCCCACCAGAGGACGGCAACGGAUCCAAGAGACCUAAUAUUUGGAUUGUACAACUGCUUUUCUCCGGAGGUUAGGAGGCUCAUAACCGUGGACUAUUAUAAAGAGCUGCCAGAUAUCCUUACACAGAUAAUGCCUUUGUUGUUCAUGGAAGCUAAAACACUCGAUAUUAUGUUUAAGCGAAAAAGCAUAUUCGGUGCGAGUAUUGAUGUACCCUCUUGGGUAUGGAUUCCAGAAAAUUUCUGUGUUCAGGCAAAUACACAAAGCCCCAACCGAGGAUCGAGAUACCCCUGAUUGAAAGAAGGGUAUGGAGGGCUUCAGCAUCUCUACCCUUGACUUUUAGUCUUCUUGACCAUAGCAGGACACUACAGGUACACGGGAGAACCGUUUUCAUUGUCAAGUUCGUAGCUCCUCCGGUGGUACCAGAACCGAUAAGAGGAGAAGACAAAGUAAAAGAGCUUUUCGCGGAUCCAGGGGGACGGCAUAUCUCCGAAUUCAUGAAUCACUUCCGGGGACUAUGGCAACUUCUCAAACCGCAGAGUCCGGUGAAGCGAAUCGCGUUUAUCAAAGCAUUCAACCUAGGAACCCCAAACGACCUUGGCGUCCUAUGCUUGCUUCUUUGGCUGAUGGACAUCAUACCCUUUCAUCAACUUUCCCUUCCUCCGGCCACAAAGCUUAUUUUCGAGCAUUGUGGUCGAAGCAUGUUUUCAUGCUUUCAUAUAAAUGGUCGAAACUCUGCUAAUGAAGAAGACGACGUGACAUAUGGAUUGGGUCCGAGCAAUCUCGUCCCGGGAGACAAAGUCUGUGUUCUCCAGGGUUGCUCUGUUCCCGUUAUCCUUCGUCAAAUCGAAGACCAUCACAUCCUCAUUGGCGAAGCCAAGGUUCCAGAAAUCAUGUAUGGGGAAGCAGUGAAAGGAAUAGAGCAAGGGGACGAGCAGGCCGAAGACUUUUUCAUCAAGUGACUGCAUUCUGGCAAAACGGAAUCCAAAUACGAGCCCACAUCAAGCCGAGCGCCGUCAAGGUGUUGACCGGCUUCAACCAUCGCUUGGUCUUGGUCCUCUUGAGACGACAUGUUGGUUGUGUACGAGGCCGAGCGGAAUUGUGAGUCUACCUUUCGGAAGCCAGGUAGACUCCCUUUUAUCUCCUUUCCAUGAGGUCCCCGGACCGAUCGAUUAAGGAGCUUACGAGAUUUGCCAAGGCCUG